CCCCAGACUAGAAAUCGGUAAUUCUCCAAUCAAUGCUAGACUCUGGGGUGGAUACCCGUGCUUCACUUGAACAGAGAUCUAAACACCGUAGAAUUUGAAGAGGGCCGACAUACAUAUUUGACGGGACGGAAGGAUGUCGGGACGGAUAUGGUGGAUGUGCCUUUAGGGUGACGGAGUCGAACGGGAGUCAUGGUAGUGAGAGGAAGAGAAACGACAUAUCAAGACUACCUUUUUCAGUUUCGUCUCAAUCUCUGCGUCAUCACAUCAUGUCCGGCACAGGUGCUCGUGAAAAUAUCUUCGCAACGCGAAUGGCCCUCACCAACACAAAGCUACGACUCAAGGGCGCACAGACAGGACACUCUCUUCUUGCCAAGAAACGAGACGCUCUCACCACGAGGUUCAGAGCUAUCCUCAAAAAGGUCGACGAGGCAAAGAGAAAGAUGGGCAGAGUCAUGCAGUUGGCGUCGUUCUCAAUGGCAGAGGUUACCUAUGCGACAGGAGACAUAUCGUAUCUCGUGCAGGAGCAAGCUAAGUCGGCUACGUUCAGGGUAAAAGCAAAGCAGGAGAACGUGUCUGGUGUCGUCCUUCCCACAUUUGAGGUUGAUCGUGUCGCUGGAUCCGAUUUCAACCUCACUGGACUGGGAAGGGGCGGUCAGCAAGUUUUGCGCGCAAAAGAGGUGUAUGCUAAGGCAAUUGAAACACUCGUUGAGCUGGCGUCUCUCCAGACAGCGUUCACUAUCCUUGACGAAGUCAUCCGAGCAACGAAUCGACGAGUCAACGCCAUCGAGCACGUUGUCAUUCCCCGGCUGGAGAACACUAUCAAGUACAUUUUGAGUGAACUAGAUGAGAUGGAUCGGGAGGAAUUCUUUAGGCUGAAGAAAGUACAAGGGAAGAAAAAGCGGACCAAUGCACCUCCGGAGCGGCCGUUUGAGUUCGAUGAACCUCCAAUAAACCCAGAGGAAGGCCAAGAAUCUAUUGACUUGCUGAGCAGCAAAGAUAGUGAUGUUAUCUUUUGAUUAAUACGGUGACGGACGGACUGGUAUACAUAUGUCUGGUUUUGUAUCUGUUCCUCCAUUGUUUAA